UACAUAGAGACCCCGCCCCAAACACUGCAAGCCCCACCCCUUCAGGCACAGGUCGAAAGCCCCACGCUGCGGAUCCUGCAGGGCGCAAGUAUGGCGGCCCCUGGGGCUGUGCUUGGGCUGAUGCUGUCUGUAAUCCUGUGGGCGGAUGGAAGUGCAGGUAUUGGUUUUCGCUUUGCUUCAUACAUUGAUAAUUACAUGGUGCUGCAGAAGGAACCUGCGGGAGCAGUGAUCUGGGGCUUCGGUAUACCUGGAGCCACAGUGACGGUGACCUUGUGCCAAGGUCAGCAAGCCAUCAUGAAGAAAGUGACCAGUGUAAAAGCACACACCAACACCUGGAUGGUGGUACUGGAUCCUAUGAAGCCCGGCGGACCCUAUGAAGUGAUGGCACAACAGAGUUUGUGGUCCAGGAACUUUACCGUGCAAGUGCAUGAUGUAUUAUUUGGAGAUGUCUGGCUUUGCAGUGGGCAAAGUAACAUGCAGAUGACUGUUUUACAGAUAUUUAAUGCUGUAAGGGAGCUGUCCGACACUGCUGCCUACCAGUCUGUCCGCCUUCUCUCUGUCUCUCUCACUGAGGCAGAGGAGGAACUGCAGGAUCUCAAUGCAGUUGACUUGCAGUGGUCGAAGCCCACCAAAGAAAACUUAGGCAAUGGCGACUUUACGUACAUGUCAGCAGUGUGCUGGCUCUUCGGGCGCUACCUCUAUGACACUCUACAGUAUCCCAUUGGGCUGAUCUCCUCCUGCUGGGGUGGGACACCCAUUGAAGCCUGGUCAUCGGAAAGGUCCCUGAAAGCCUGUGGAGUCCCUACAAAAGGGUCUCUUCUAUCGGAUUCUGUGAGUGGUCCCAGCCAGAACUCUAUUCUCUGGAACGCUAUGAUCCAUCCACUACAGAAUAUGACUUUGAAAGGGGUGUUAUGGUACCAGGGGGAGUCCAAUGUUAACUAUAACAAGGACCUGUACAACUGCACCUUCCCUGCACUCAUUGAGGACUGGCGCCAGACCUUCCACAGCGGUUCCCAGGGGCAGACAGAGCGAGUCUUUCCAUUUGGAUUCGUCCAGUUAUCUUCGUAUUUGUCUACGGCGGAUGACCCACCUGUUGGAGUUCCUCAGAUCCGCUGGCAUCAAACGGCAGAUUUGGGCUUUGUCCCCAACCGAAGGAUGCCCAACACUUUCAUGGCCGUGGCUCUGGAUCUGUGUGACAGGACCUCGCCUUUUGGCAGCAUCCAUCCCAGGGACAAACAGACUGUGGCUUAUCGGCUGCACCUGGGGGCCCGGGCAGUGGCUUACGGUGAGAAAAACUUGACCUUUCAAGGACCACUGCCUGAGAAGAUAGAACUUCUGUCCACAGACGGGCUGCUCAACCUUACGUAUCACCAGAGCAUCCAGGUGCUGAGGCAGGAUCUGCAGAUAUUUGAGAUCUCAUGUUGCAGUGACCGCCAAUGCAAGUGGCUUCCAGCUCCAAUGAACACUUUCACCUCCCAGACCCUGACCUUGAGUAUCCGCUCUUGUCGUGGCACUGUGGCUGCUGUUCGCUACGCCUGGACCCCAUGGCCUUGUGAAUACAAGCAGUGUCCCCUCUACCACCCCAGCAGUGCCCUGCCAGCUCCUCCCUUUCUUGCUUUCAUUACGGACCAGGCUUCCAGACAUUAAAGCUGCUGUGUGGUCAGAUCUGGGUCCACGGGAGGCACAUUUUGCCCCUGAGGAGUUUAAAAUGAUGACAGCUAUUGCUUUUAAGGGAAAUUUAUAGAAAGCCUCGCCGCACAGCUCCCAGCCAGCACGCGGCUGUGUAUGCUGAGAUAAGGUGGGGCUGGGAGACGAUUUGAAAUACCUGCCUUUGUCCCCUCAUUAGUGUAAGCCACGAAACUGGGCUAAUUCUGAGCUCUAAGCAAACUGGACCCAACAUCAUACACUGCCCUCAUAUAAUGGGAAUGAGAUGUCUAACACUUGUGCUGCUUUUCCUCUGGAACUGUGGAAUCUCAGUCAGAAGAGGUUUUAAAGACCAGAGAAACUGACUAGUGUUUCCUGUGUCCUUUGCAAGUUUUUUCACAAGUGAUUAUUGACUCUCUGGAACAAGUUUCCAAAGGUUUUUCUUCAUGUGGAAAUCUGAAAAUCUGAAAUCUUUCAUGAAAUUUUAUUACAUGUGCCUUUCAGCUAAUUGAAGAAAGACCUAUUUGUAUUAAGUCCCAAACAAUUAUAUUCCUUCAGUCUAAAUAAUGACUGUUUAAAACAAACCAACCAGGCUCAUGCGGGCAUAUUGGGAGGGGCCGGGGGUCUGCCUUACGGAAUGAAGAGGAAGGGCGGGGUGGGGGUGGCAGCAUUGAGGGAUGGGCGUGGCGAUGGCUCACAGGUUUAAGAAAAUAUGACAGAAGUAGCUAAGGAAAACUGUCAUUAGUGUUAUUAAGUUUCAGGCUCUUUACAGCCAAAGACAAAGAUAAUCCACAUUGAAGAAAAAAGGCUGAAAGUAAAGCAGCACAAUAAGCUUAUAAAGUAGUGCAGAUGAGACAAAUGUGGAAGGAGCUUUUGUCUUUACUAAUUAAGAAUCAUAAUGCAGCUUAGUAGUUGCCUAAAAACAGCUGAUGACCCUUGAAAACAGUAUUAGAAGCUGGAAAUAAAAGCAUUAUGAUUUAUGAUGUUUACAUAUUUAUGUCAUCAAAGCUCUGUCAGGGCUUUACAGUGUAUGGAGGGAGCACGGGGAAUGAGGAUGCUCCCCAUUCGUGGCUUUUAUCCCUUGAAUGUGAAGAAUGAGAGCUAGCAAUAAGCAUCACUCUCAGGGGUUCUGGUGCAGUGCCAAACAGCAGAAUAGCUUUGUUUUUAUUUAGUAAAAAAAUCAGGAAACAAACUUUGUGCCCUGCCAGGAACUUUGGCUCCUUCAGGAACUGUCUAGUGUACAGUUAACCCGAAUGAGUACACUUCUACCUCUUUAUGAAUCUGGCCUCACGGGAAUCGUGAACCUAGUGCAGUUUCCUGAGCAAAAGUAAGUACCUGUCCACCCCUCUCCCAGCCCUUCUACACAUACACCCAGGGGCUGUUCUAAUUUGGAGGCAGCUACAAGUAGCCAAGCCCAAGUUCCUGUAUCACUUAUUUCUAGAUGCUCCCCCAAAGGCUUAGGCAUUCACAGGUGGGGCUUUUGGGGGAGGGGUGACCAGAUAUGCGGGUGUGAUAUUCAUCAGAUUACUCUACUAAUGAGUUUAGAGCUAAAUGUGAUAUUGGGAGGUGAAGCCUGAUCUGGGUGUCUCACCGGGGUGUGGCCUGGAAGGGUUCCUGCCUGCCAUGCUAUGAGCUGCUUCCCCUCUGCGAUGUUGCCCUGUGCUGGAGCCAGCUGAUUAUGGGCUGAAACCUCUCAAACUGUAAGCCAAAUAAACCUUUCCUCCUUUAAAA